CUUUGAUCUAUUGUUAGCGAUGAUGGGCCAUGGCUGUGUGAGUGCGCGCGCUGGGCUGUAAAACUGGUUCGUGGAGCCAUUCUGGUGACGUCACGAGCCGGGUGUUUGACGGGGGUGGCUGCCGCAGCGCCAGGACUGGAGAGUGGAAAUAUGACCGACAAUGACCUCGACCACAGCCUGUGUUAGUGCUUUACUCUCAACGUUUAGGAUUCGACACUUGUAAACACGCGAUUUUAUCAUCGCUGCUGCUGUUUUUAGAUUAAAUCCGUGCAUUUGGCGUAGGUCAUUAGCCACGAGCCUUGUCUUAUCUCUAGAGCGCGACACAUCCAGCGCGUGUCUGUGUGUGCUUUGAGGCUCGCCUCCAACCUUAUUACCGGAGCCGUGCGCUGUAGGCUUUUGCUGUGCAUUGAAAUAUGGAUAAGGCCAAAUCAGUGAUGGAUCAGAAAGGAUCGGGUCCUUGCUGCACAAACGGCAUGCACAAGCCACUCCGGCGACAGCUGAGCAACGGGAGCUGUAGCCCGUUCAGUCCGACGGACGAUAUUCACCACCAUCUUCACCACGACCCUCAAACCAACGGGUCCCCGGCGAAGAGGUGUCGGCUGCGGAGGCGAAUGGAGUCAGCGAGGAAAAACCGACCGCCCUUUCCAUGGUUUGGAAUGGACAUCGGUGGUACUUUAGUAAAGCUUGUUUACUUUGAGCCAAAAGACAUCACUGCAGAAGAGGAGCAGGAGGAGGUGGAGAAUCUGAAGAGCAUACGCAGGUACCUCACCUCCAACACGGCCUAUGGCAAAACCGGUGUCCGUGAUGUACACCUAGAGCUACACAACCUGACAAUCUGCGGUCGCACAGGGAACCUGCACUUUAUCCGCUUCCCCACCGCUGCCAUGCACAGAUUCAUCCAGAUGGGCAGAGAUAAGCACUUCUCCAGCCUGCAUACCACACUGUGCGCCACUGGUGGCGGGGCAUACAAGUUUGAGAAUGAUUUCAGAACGAUGGCAGACCUAGAGCUGCUGAAGUUGGAUGAGCUUGAUUGCUUAAUCCAGGGGCUGCUGUACAUAGACUCUGUCGGUUUUAACGGUCAUCCUGAGUGCUAUUACUUUGAGAACCCCUCCGACACACAGAACUGCAUCAAGAGACCCUGUUGUCUUGACAACCUUUUUCCCAUGUUGCUGGUCAACAUUGGCUCGGGCGUCAGCAUUCUGGCAGUCUAUGCAAAAGAUGAUUACAAAAGAGUGACAGGCACCAGUCUUGGUGGAGGGACGUUUUUGGGGCUCUGCUGCCUGUUGACAGGUUGUGAGACGUUUGAAGAGGCCCUUGAAAUGGCCAGCAAAGGGGACAGCACCAACGUGGACAAACUGGUGAAGGACAUCUAUGGAGGAGACUACCAGCGCUUCGGCCUACAAGGGUCUGCGGUGGCUUCAAGCUUUGGGCACAUGAUGAGCAAAGAGAAGAGGGAGAGUAUUUCUAAAGAGGACUUGGCCCGAGCCACGCUCGUCACAAUUACAAAUAACAUUGGCUCCAUCGCACGCAUGUGUGCAGUUAAUGAGAAAAUCGAACGGGUUGUUUUUGUGGGGAACUUUCUGCGUAUAAACACUGUGUCGACAAAGCUUCUUGCCUAUGCUAUGGACUUCUGGUCCAAGGGCCAGCUGAGGGCCCUUUUUCUGGAACAUGAGGGAUACUUUGGAGCUGUCGGUGCUUUUCUAGAACUGCUGAAGUCGUCUGAUGAUGCAUAAAAGAAAGAAAUCAUCAUCUCUGAUCCAGAAACUACUUCCACACAGAAGCUCCAACAGGAAUACUGGGAACACAAAUUUAAAUGAAGCCAUUAUACUAAUUAACCUGUAAAUAACCAUAAAAAUAAGAUUCUAAACAAUAUUUUUAUGAGUAACUUAGUCUCCCUCAGACUGCCGACUGUAACGUUACCUUAUUGCUAAUUUGUUUUCUGGUUGUUUUUGUUGUUUUCAUUUUGUAAUGUUUGUAAAUAUCAUUGUGAGAGUUUAUUGAUGGCCAAAACCUGCUCUGUUAAAGUUUCGCUAUUUUUGUCAUGCCCACCAGGUGGUUUCUGUUUUAGGUCUGGUUAAAUGAUGGACCUUUUAAGAGUUUUUGUUACGUUAAACUGCUGUUCAAACCCCAAAUGUUUGACACACUAUUCUAGUUCAUUUUUAAGCCUCAGGUGCUAUGUUAGAUGUGUGCCGACUGACAGGGAUCCUCGUAGUAAGGAAAAGACACUGGUCUCUAUACAGCAUAGAGCAACCUUUUUCCGGUUGUAUCUCCUUUCACUCUUCCUCUUCACUACAGUUAAGAGUUCUCCAUGCGUUUAUGCAUGAAAGUAAUUUUAAACAGGAAUCUGUUCACUCUUGGAAUUAUAUCAGAAUAGUUGAACUUUUUAAAGAUAUAUUUACGCUGAUUCACAUGAAGCCUUUACUUAUAAAAGAAUACACAGAAAGCUCAGGGUGUCACUUUUAUUUUUGAGAGGGAAUUCUGUGGGACCAAGUGGCCAAUUUGACAGACACUUCAGAUAGAAAGCUCCCCUAACAUCCCACAUUUUUUGUCCUCUU